AUGAGUUCCAAGAAAGAAAGACAAUUAAGGAAAAGAAACAGGAAGCAAAAAGGAAAAUCUAUUGCAGAUAGUGAUAUCGUAUGGGUUCAGGAUAAAGAGCACGAGUUCGCUAAUAUCAGGCAACUAGUUGGAUCUGGUGUAGCAUCUAGGCAUUUAUCUAACCAUCCCAAGCGAGUUUUGUUACCUAAAUUAAGAGGUUUGCAUAUAAAUUUUUCGAAGUGCAGCAUUUUUGGUGUGGCAGGUGCAGUAAAUUUGGCUCCAAUGGCGAGGAUAUUAGGGUGCAAUCCGGAGGUGUUACCUUCUUCGUACCUUGGUCUCCCACUGGAAGACUCCUUAAUGGGCGCUCAGAAGUGGGAAAGUAUCAUUGAAAGAAUCAAGAAUAGACUACCCUUUUGGAAACGUUCAAGCCUCUCUAAAGCGGGUAAAUUAACGUUAAUCAAAAGUGUUCUUUUAAGUAUCCUCAUAUACAUGCUUUCUCUCUUUAUAGCCCCUCCAAAAGUUGUUAAAGCAAUUGAAAAGGUCAUAAGGGAUUUUUUAUGGGACGCCUCAGACAACAAGAAAGGUUACCAUUAUGUCAAAUGGAAGACUUGUUGCUUACCGCUUAAAGCAGGGGGCUAG